UGGCUGAAUUGAUACCAACAUGUCCAGAAACAAGGAAAGGAUUAGAAACCAAAUCCUUCCAUCGUUUGCAUCUCCAGAUUUAGAGCUAGGAAUGUAGAUAUAAGCAAAUGGAGUGGAUUUGGAAAUGAUGCAUCAGCUGCUUCCUCUUGCAGUAUUCAUCAGACCAAGGAGACAUUUCCCUCCACACACCAACGCGGAGUCAGGACUGAGGAUGACCGACUCCUGUGACUAUUGGGAAAACCAACUCUCACCACUUUUCUUCGCCUUCAUUUUCACCAUCUUAGGCACCGAGUGCGUCAUUGGAAUCAUUGCAAAUGGAUUCAUCAUAGCUGUAAAUGCAGCCGAAUGGGUUCGGAAUAAGGCAGUUUCCACCAGUGGCAGGAUCCUGUUUUCUCUAAGCAUAUCCAGAAUAGCUCUCCAGAUCUUCACGAUGCUAGAACUCACUGUCAGCUCAAUCUUCCCACAUUUUUAUAAUCAAGUUGUGGUAUAUGAUACAUUGAACAUCAGCUCUAUAUUCUUAAACUAUUGUAGUCUCUGGUUUGCUGCCUGGCUCAGUUUCUUCUAUUUUGUGAAGAUUGCAAACUUCUCCUACCCUCUUUUCCUCAAACUGAAAUGGAGAAUUUCCAGAUGGAUGCCCUGGCUUCUGUGGCUAUCCGUGUUCAUUUCCUUGGGGUAUAGUGCAUUCUUCAUGAAGGACGUCUUUCCUAUGUAUUGUAUCAACACAUUUUUUAUACACUCCUCCAACUCCACGGAGAAGUACUUCACUAAGACCAACAUGGUCAACCUUGUCCUUCUCUAUAACCUGGGCAUCUGCCUUCCUCUCAGUGUGUUCAUCCUGGCAACCACCCUGCUGAUAGCUUCCCUCGGGAAACACACCCUGAACAUGGAAAGCAAUGCCACUGGCUCCAGGGACCCCAGCAUGCAGGCCCACAUGGGGGCGAUCAAAGCCAUCAGCUACUUUCUCACUCUCUACAUCUUCAAUGCUGUUGCUGUAUUUCUCUAUAUGUCCCAUAUCUUUGAUAUCACCAGUCCUUGGAUACUUUUGUGCAAAAUCAUCAUGGCGGGCUACCCUGCUGGCCACUCAGUUCUGCUUAUUUUGGACAACCCUAGCCUGAGAAGAGCCUGGCAAAGGUUCCAGCACCGAGUUCAUCUCUACCUAAAAGGGCAGACUCUGUGA